GAUUCCCCCCUCCCCAUAUUUUCUGCCAAACGGGGCAAACAUGUCGUCGUUGGUAAAUUGUCGGAAAAGAAUCGCCUUCAUGACCCACAGAAGACUACUAAAGUGUCUAUUUCUCCUGGGAAUAGUUGCGGUUACUGUUGGUGCUGAGAUACCUCCUGUGUACCAAACAGCAGAGGGAUGGAGUUGUCACAAGUGUCCCAGGGGUCAAUUUGUCGCCAGUGACUGUGCAUCGGACGACCCAGCAUCCACAGACUGCAGAAACUGUACCGGAGAUAGGUUCCAGCCCAACGAAUGGACCAGUGAGAAGAGGUGUUACAACUGUGAUGAGUGUGAUCCUGGCCUGGAUGGAAGUCUGGGAGGAGACCCGCACACGCCUUGUACAAUAUUUGAGAAUGCAGUCUGUAGAUGCCCAGUCGCUUUCUUUUGGUCACAAGCGCAACGUCGAUGUGAAGAGGUGACAGAAUGUCCCCCGGGUCAGGGGGUCACACAUCCAGCCACCAUAAAGACAGACACAGUUUGCGAGCCCUGCAGAGAGGAGGCGUAUUCUGCCAAGUCAUCAGCAGAGAAACCGUGCGCCGCCUGUCUGAUCUGUGAGGAAUGGCAGCGGGAGGCGUCGCCCUGUAACCAGACACAUAACAGAGUCUGUCAGAAUGUGUCCAUGGCAACAGGAAUCCCUCCUACACCCAAACAUCCGCAGGAGGUGUCCGACACAGAGGACAGUCAGACGGACAACACGGUGGCUAUUGUUGCACCUGUAGCAGUUGUGACAGUGGUAGCAAUACUGGCCACAGUAGUUGGUGUUUUCUUCUACAGACGCAAGAAUGCCAGACAACAGGCUGAUCCGGAGGUCACCAUUGACCCUAGAGACAACCAAGGGCUACUUGAUGGCAGCAAUUCAUCAACCAGAAGCUCCCAGACUAGUACCCCAAGUGGAGGUGACUCGGCUCGCACCAGCCUCUCCACAGGAGGGUCGGAUAGCCUGCAGUACCAGAGUGAGCCGGAGAAACCCUGUGCUGCCACGCCCUUCAGCGAUGAUGGGGCGGCAGGGACCAUGGAUGACCUGGAUGGACCUGGAGACGAGACGUACCCGAAGUCGUUUGCCCUGGAGCCUGAGGGCGAUGACCCCUCCAUGCCUGUCCAGGAGACGGGGGGAGGGGCCAGUCCUGGUCCCGAGUCUUACCAACAGGACUCACACGAUCCGCCACAGUCAUUGGACAAGAUCGAGAAAGGUUUGUUUGUUUGUUUGUUUGUUUAUGUCCUGAGUCUUACCAGCAGGACUCGCACGAUCCGCCACAGUCGUUGGACAAGAUCGAGAAAGGUUUGUUUGUUUGUUUGUUUGUUUAUGUCCUGAGUCUUACCAGCAGGA